AAUGAGAGUGAGAAGAGUAGGAGAGUUAACUAAAUGAUUAUUGGUAGAAGGAGAAAAUUCUGGUGAAACGAUGAUUAUGUUAACUGGCUCUACAGACCUACAGUUGUUGGCAGUCAGUGUUGUCCAGUCAACUAUUAUAUAUCUCUCCUCAUUUCCAGCAUUCCGUGACCAACAGUCAUUGCACUCUAAAACUUUAGAAAGUUUUACCAUGUGUUAACACAUAUAGAUCUGAAAAUAAUAAUUGAAAAAAAAAAAAAAAUCUAAAAUAUCAACUACUUGAUAAAUUGUCAAGUUAAAAACUUGACUUUUUAAAAAAGCCACUUUUAUAAAGUUUGAAAGUUUUGUGUUCAUGAGAUUAUACUUUGAAGAUAAAUAAAAAUAAAAAAUAAUAAAACUUUCUCACGAUUUAAAAUGAAUUCGAGAAAUCCAAUAUCAUGUGGAAGCUACGAAGUAACAUUGAAAAAUGUUGAAAAAGUACCACCGUUGAUUAUUAAAUCAAGUGUUUAUAAAUUUGAGCCUCAGCCUGUAUCACCUGAAAUUGAAGAAAAAGCAAAAAAUGAACUACGAGAAACUGUUGAGAUUAUUGAUCAAGCACUAGCUGAGAUGAGAACUUAUUUAAAAGAUGAGCCUGAUUUAAAUGUUCCAGAUGAUGAUUAUUUUUUUGCAAAAUUUCUACGUCCUUGCAAGUGGCAUGCCAAGCCAGCAUUUGAUUUGAUGAAACGUUUCUAUCGUUUUCGAAUAAAUCAUCCUCGUUAUUGUGAAAAUUUACUGCCAGUAAAUGAGCAUGUAACAUUUUCAUCUGGGGUACUUAUGUCAUUUCCAUUACGUUCAAAAGAUGGUUGUAGAGUUGUUCUUGUUCGAGGUGGUAAAAUUUGGAAACCUAAAGAAGUUAGCCUUGAUCAAAUAUUUCGUGGUCUUAUGCUUUUAUUAGAUGCUGCCAUAGUUGAACCAACAACUCAGGUAUGUGGAAUUCGUGUUAUCCUUGACAUGGAUGGUCUCAGUUUGAGUCAUGUUACAUAUUUUACACCAAGUUUUGCUGGUGCAGUACUUGAAUGGGUUCAAAAAUGUUUACCAGCUCGUCUCAAAGGUGUUCAUAUCAUCAAUCAACCUUACAUUUUCAACAUGGUUUUUGCUAUAUUUAAACCAUUUAUUCAUGAAAAAUUACGUAAACGAGUUAUUUUUCAUGGUACUGAUAAAGCUGGUUUAAAAUCAUACAUUGGUGCUCAAGCACUUCCUCAAAAAUAUGGAGGAGACUUGGAUUUACCAUUGGAACAAGUUGGAGAACCACUUUGGAAUUAUCUUAAUCAAUUUCAUGAAGAAUUUGAAGAAUCAAGCAAACUUGGAUAUACAAAAAAAAAUUAAUAAUUCAUUCAAGGUGUUAAUGUUUAACAAAACAAGUAUCAAGUAUUUUUUUUUUUUCUUAAUUAUGAUGUAUUAAAAAAAAAAUCAGUAUUGUUUGUUUUAUCAAUUUUUCAAUAACUUGAUUUUUGUUUUUACGUCAAUUUUUUUUAUUACUUAGUUGCAUAAAAAAUUACUAUUAUGUAGAUAAAAUUAAGCGAAAAGUAUUUGUCUUUUAAAA